UUGUAUUCACACUAGUUGAGAGAUAGAGAGACUGUCACUGCCAUGGCGACGGCGUGGUGAAACCCUCCAUUAACGCACUUGCUCUACAAAUCCGCUCUCUUUUUCAGGCAAGUCAUAUCCAUUCCUCACCACAGCAAAUUUACAGUUUCGAUUUAUUCGAACAUGAUUGCAAUUACUCGCACGAAUCUCCUCCGUUUACUUUCAAACCCUAAUUUAUUUCUCUGCAACUCCAAAGCUCAUUUCUCCCCCUCACUCCACUUUUUCUCAACCCGGAGGAGUAAAACCCUAACCCCCGACCCCCAAAUUUACGAUGUACUGGUGCAAAAGCACUACUUUUCUCCUGAGCUGGCUUCUCUAGCUGCUUCUCGUUUACCUAAAUUCAGAUGCCCCCAAAAUGCCGAUUCAAUACUGUUAUUCCUCAAAGCGAACGCCUUCACCGCCGAUCAAAUCGAGCAAAUCGUCUCGUACAACCCUCGGAUUCUAGGCUUUACCACUGAGGGACUUCGAUUGAAAUUCAAGCUAUUCCGAGACUUGGGCUUUUCUCCCGAGGAGGUUGCCAAGUUGAUGACUAGUAAUAAGGCGAUUCUGCAUUCGAGCAUGGCGAAUAAGAUCAUUCCGUCGUUAACUGUGCUAAAGAGCUUGCUUGGAUCCAAUCAGGAUGUGGCCAGGCUUGUGAGAAAGUCUCCCUGGUAUGUAUCAGCUGAUUUGGAGAAGACAUUGUUGCCGAAUGUGGAAAUCUUGAAAAGCUGCAGCAUACCUAUGGAGCGUAUCCUUCACUUGCUCCAUUUUCGGCCAAGAUGUCUAUUAAUGAGGCCGGAUGUUAUGAGGAAAUCUGUAGACAAGGCCAUGGGGUUUGGGGUCUCCCAGAGUUCACUUACUUUCAUCGAUGCUGUCAAUGUUUUUGCUCACACAAGCGAAGGGAUUAUGGAAGUCAAUCGGAAAGUUCUCUUGGAUUUGGGGUUUUCAAGCGAUGAUAUGAUGAAAUUCCUUAAGCAGACACCGUUACUGUUUUCUUCAUCGAUGGAGAAAACAAAGAAGGUUGUGGAACUUCUGCUUGCUACCGGGAAGUACAGUAUUGCCAAUAUUGUAUCUAACCCGACGACACUUAUGUGCAGCAUUGAGAAGAGGCUUUUGCCGCGGCUGCAGAUUCUGGAGCUCCUGGAAAGUAGGAAUCUAAUAAAAAAGUGGCCUGGUCUUUCAAGAGUUUUUGCGCUUACGGAUGAUAAGUUUAUUGACACAUUUGUUAGACCGUAUUAUGAUGAGAUUGCAGAAGAAUACAUCAUAAAGAAUUUUUUCAAUGGAAAAAAAGAGUUGGAGCUGUAGUAGUAUACUUGCACAGUUAUUGUUUAGAGUUAUUAAUGUUGUAGGUUCAUCUUCUUGAGAUUGUUCUGCCCUGUGGGAUAUUUUUGGCCUUCUCAUUUUCUAUGAUUAUAAAUUUUGUUUCGACUGCAGGUUUGUGGAUGUUACUUAAGAAUCUGAUUGAAAUUUGGCCUAUUCUUUCAAUGGUUAUGAAAUUGUCAACUCUGAGGUUGUUUGAGAAAUUUACUUGCCCGUACUCAAAUGAACUUGGCGAAGUAUGCAUAGAGUAUUUUAAGGGCAAAGAAAGAUGGGAGUUUGAUCAGCAUUCGUUAGGUAAGGAAAGAAACUUCGAUCAGCAAUAUCUGACUUGUUUGUUCAUAUUGUUGUUUGUCUUCCAUUUUGGAGCAUGUCAAGUGAUUUAUUUUAGGUAUGGCUUUUCUCGUUGUGUGUAGUUUUCUUCCAAUGAUUUCUGUGUCUGUGAUUUGCUUCUAGCGCCGUUCCUUUGCCUUAUUCAUCAACCCUGAAACCUGAAUAUGAAUCCUAAACUGUAAAUAUCUACUAAUCUUGAUCAUCUUUUCUAUCUUUGGCUGCUUGUCUCCAUUUCAUUGGGAUGAAGUGUAUUUCACCACUGUUUUAGCUCAACUCAUCAACACCAAAGCCUGAAUAUGAGUCCUAAACAGUAAAUAUCUACUAAUCUUGAUAAUUUAUUCUAUCUUUGGCAUGCUUAUUUCCCUUAGCUCUUCUCAGUUUAUCGAGCCUUCGGUCUAGCUCAUUCUGGCUUUUGCAGACUAAUCUUGACACGAUCUUGGCUUCCCUGAUUCUUGAAAUUCUGCAAAUUUCAUUAUUUUACAGUUGAAAGACUUGUGUUGUGGAAGAGUCCAUCAAGAUUCGAGGGUAUAACUUCUUGUUCGAGUUUUGAGAUUGACUACGCAUACAUGUUCUCGAGGAUGUUUUGUAAAUAUGUCUGUUUGUCUGCGACUCUGUGUUGCUUUCUAGAUGUUCAGAAAAAAUGUUGAUCCUAACUAACUGAGUGAGCAGUUGUGGAGGUGACUGUUUUUGUUGUUGUUGGCAUUUACUCUUUAUACUUGCAGUCUGCAGAGUUUUGUUCUGUUCUUACAUGAUUUCUAACUUUAUUUAUUGGAUGUGUAGAUAAAUCAAGAAAUGAUUUUAAAGAUAAAUGAAGAGGUGUAGCAUACCAAUCGAGCGCAUCCUUCACUUCCUCUACGUCUUACCUAGAGUUUUCUUGGUUAAGUAGGAAUCUGAUUGAAAAGUGGCCAUGUCUUUCAGCAGCUCUCAAACCUAGAGAUGAUGAAUUUAUGGAAAAAUUCGUUAGGCCUUAUUACGAUGAGAUUGGCGAAGAACUCAUCACACAAAGAUCAAUGUUCGGGUUUAGAACUGAUGAAUCUAUUAGAACUGAUGCUUGAAGAACUGAUAUGUAGUUGUAGCAGUAGUAAUUCUUCCUGUGCUCAACAUAUUAUUCAAUCAAUCUUGCCAAACAUAUUCUAUUAGAA